CUGUAAAAAGUGUAAGCUGCAUCUGCAUCUGCAUCCGCAUCCGCAUCUGCAUCUGUCUUUGACGUACAAUCACCAGCAUCUGGUUGUCGCUGCAUCGAAAGACAGGGGUUAUAAAUGAAGGAUGGCAGAAGAAACUAAAGAAGAGACCACUCUGGUCAAGCACACAGGAGGAUGUCACUGUGGUGCAGUGAGGUUCGAGUUGUUGGCCCCAGCUGUUGUCAACAUAUGGGACUGUAGUUGCAGCAUUUGUGUCAAGAAACAAAACAAGCACUUCAUAGUUCCAAACUCAAAGUUUAAACUUUUGCAGGGAGAGGACAUUCUAUCCUGUUACACAUUCAACACUGGCCAAGCCAAACACACAUUCUGUAAGGUGUGCGGAGUACAGAGCUUCUAUACUCCUAGGUCAAGCCCUGACUGCAAAGGAAUCUGCCCUCACUGCGUAGACCCAGGAACAAUUAAAGGAGAGAUUGUACAGAAGUUUAAAGGAGAAAAAUGGGAAGAAACAUUUGAAGCAAAAGGUGGUUAUGCCACCUUUAAUAAACAAUAAUCAAGGAAGGCAGAUGAUGGUUUAGAGAUAUUAGAAUGAGAUUAUAUUUGAUUACAUGGCUAAAUCAGAUGAGCUGAGUCAUGUUUAAUUUUUUUUUUCUCUUUACCUCUUCAGAGGGACUUUAUUGUUCCAUUUCAAAAUACAUAUAUAUUAC